AAAAAGAAAGAAAGAAAAAAUAAGAUACUCAAUUUUGAUGGAGAGACGAAAUAUUGUAUUUAUCUAUAGCAAUUCGCAAAUAAUAAUUAUUUUUAUCGUCGUAAUAAGAACGUUGAUUAUUGCUGUUAAUUUGCCUACUAGAAUUAUCUUUGGGGAAAGUGUUUGUAAUUAGAUUACCAUUUGACUAUUAGAUAAGUCACUAAGAGAUCGAAUAUUAAUCAAUCAUAAAUUCAUGCGCAUACUUAUUAAUUACUAGUUUACUCCACGCGUUUAACUGGGAUCUAGUUCGAAAAAAAAAAGAAAGAUUCAAUAUAUGCACUCUUAUAGAAUUGCAGACUUCUUGAAUAAACACCGGGUAUGUCAUCUAUUUCUUAAUAACUCUUAGGUACAUAUGAUCGGUAUGAUCUUUUAGUAGUCUUCGUAUCCAUCUACCUGUCAAAUAAAAAUGUAAAUGAAAAAGAAAGAGUGUGUGAAGUUUAAAGACUUUUAACAUACGGUAAUGCAAUCGAUGCAAUUUAUCCGAUUAACUCGGAACAUUAGGCAAAGGUAGAAACCUUUCAAGUGAUUGAGAGAGUUCUAGUAUCUAUCGGUUAAAUACAGUUAUGGCUCUCCGUAAAGUAAAAGGAAAUUUCGAACGAAUGUUCGACAAGAAUUUGACGGAUUUAGUGCGUGGCAUUAGAAAUAACAAAGAGAACGAGGCAAAAUACAUUGCACAAUGUAUAGAAGAAAUCAAACAAGAAUUACGUCAGGAUAAUAUUGCAGUAAAGGCGAAUGCAGUUGCUAAGUUAACAUAUUUGCAAAUGCUAGGCUAUGAUAUUAGUUGGGCUGGAUUUAAUAUAAUUGAGGUCAUGUCAUCUGCCAAAUUUACUUAUAAACGUAUAGGAUAUUUAGCAGGUAGUCAAAGCUUUCAUGCAGAUACAGAGCUUUUGAUGUUGACCACAAAUAUGAUACGCAAAGACUUAAAUAGUCAAAAUCAAUAUGAUGCUGGAUUGGCUCUUAGUGGUUUAUCUUGCUUUAUAAGUCCAGAUCUGGCACGAGAUUUAGUUAAUGACAUAAUGACUUUGUUGACAUCUACAAAGCCAUAUUUACGCAAGAAAGCAGUUCUAAUGAUGUACAAAGUGUUCUUGCGAUUUCCAGAAGCUUUAAGGCCUGCUUUUCCUAGAUUGAAAGAAAAACUUGAAGAUCCAGACAGUGGUGUACAAUCUGCAGCUGUCAAUGUAGUUUGUGAGUUAGCAAGAAAGAAUCCAAAAAAUUAUUUAAGUUUGGCACCUGUUUUUUUCAAAUUAAUGACAACAUCGACUAACAAUUGGAUGCUCAUAAAAAUUAUCAAAUUGUUUGGCGCAUUGACACCUCUAGAACCUAGGCUUGGCAAAAAGCUAAUAGAACCCCUUACCAAUUUGAUACACAGUACAUCUGCUAUGUCUUUGCUGUAUGAGUGCAUCAACACUGUAAUAGCUGUAUUAAUUUCUAUAUCAUCUGGUAUGCCAAAUCAUUCAGAUUCAAUACAGUUGUGUGUGCAGAAAUUAAGAAUAUUAAUAGAGGAUUCUGAUCAAAAUUUAAAGUACUUGGGCUUGCUAGCAAUGUCAAAAAUAUUAAGGACACAUCCUAAAAGUGUACAAGCUCAUAAAGAUCUUAUUAUGCAAUGUCUUGAUGACAAAGAUGAAAGUAUAAGAUUGCGUGCCUUGGAUUUAUUAUAUGGAAUGGUAUCAAAAAAGAAUUUAAUGGAAAUAGUUAAAAAAUUAAUGGUGCACAUGGACAAAGCUGAAGGCACUACAUACAGAGAUGAAUUACUUUCAAAGAUCAUACAAAUCUGUUCUCAAAAUAAUUACCAAUUUAUAACAUAUUUUGAAUGGUACAUAUCUGUAUUGGUGGAACUUACACGAAUGGAAGGCACCAAGCAUGGACCAUUAGUAGCUACUCAACUACUUGAUGUAGCGAUCCGGGUACAAGCUAUACGUAAAUAUGCAGUUCACCAAUGUGCCUUACUGCUUGAAAAUUCAUAUCUUUUAACUGGUCAACCACGAGCUACUAUGUCUGAAGUUUUAUAUGCAGCUGCUUGGAUAUGUGGAGAAUUUUCUAGUGAACUAGAAGAUCCUUUAGCAACAUUACAAUCUAUGUUGCGAUCGCAAGCAUCCAGUUUGCCAGGACAUAUUCAAGCGGUUUAUGUGCAUAAUAUUUUAAAACUUGCUGCAGCAAUAUUAUAUAAAGCAGAGAAAGAAGGUGACAAUGAAACGAUGGAACAAAUUUUUGCAUUGAAAGAUAAAAUAGCAGCAUUUGUGUGUAGUGGCGACUUAGAGGUUCAAGAAAGAUCUAGUUCCGCAUUGGUUUUAUUUGAAUGCUUGAAAGAAAAUCCUGGCAUGGCCGAAGAGUUAAUGGAAGCUUUUGAAGGUGAACUUAAUCCAGUUGCUCCUAAAGCUCAAAGAAAGGUACCUAUACCUGAUGAUUUAGAUCUAGAUUCAUGGAUCAAUGAUCCACCUUCGGAAAGUUCUGAUUCCGAAGAUAUGGACAUGAACGAAAUUUUUGUGAAAUCAGAGAAAUCUAAUAAUUCUUUCAUGAAACGAGAAACGAACGAACCUACGGUAGAAGAACUUCAGAAGAGGAGAGAGGCUAGAAAAUUGGAACAGCAAAAUAAUCCUCAUUAUUUGAAAGGAUCAUUUAAAAAUUCCACAUCAUAUCAUAAUUCAACAAAUUUUUAUGAAGACUUUGAAAACAUUCCAGUUACUGAAUUAGAUAUACCAGUGUCUCUAAAAAUAUCGAAUUAUUCUAAUUCUAGUAAAUAUCACAAUAUGAGUGUGGAUAAUAAUUACAAGAGACAUAAAAAACAUGGCAAGAAAAAGAAAUCAAAAAAAAAUAAACAAUCUGCAUCAGAAGAUGAACGAGAAGAAGAUUAUCCUACACAAGUUAUAAAUACAGGUAUCGGUGAACUUCCACCAGGGGCUGAAAUAAGUGAUAGCGAUGAUUAUGAUAUGAUCGAUGCAAAUGAUCCUCAUCGAGCUUUAAAUAUUGAUUUAGAUAUGCCUUUGCGAGAAGACGAAAGAUUACCGGUUUUGGAACACAGAGUAGUAGAGAAUAGUCCAAAUCAGAAAGUUACAGAGGCAAAGACAAUAAAAAAAGAUAAGGGUCAUAGGAAAACAAAAAGAAAGAGUAAAUGUGUUCAAGAAAAACAGGCUGAUAAUCAAAUAAGUAUAACUGAUAUGUGGUUAGAAGAUAAUACUGAAGAAGCAGGUUCUUCCUCUAUGCAAGAUUACGCAGAAGUGAAUAGUAAAAAAACUGUAGAUAUGCGAAAAGAUACGAAGCGAAAAAAAUCCAAGAGUCAGGAAAGACAUAAAAAAAUAAAAGAAGACGAUACCAAACAUAAAAAAUCAAAAAAAUCAAAAAGUAAGAAAGAGAAGAAGUCGUCAGAUUACGAAGAAACAGCUGGUAUAUCUACGCCCUCCAAAGAAAUAUUGCCAGAAUUAAGGAAUGAUUUAGUUAUUACUGAAAAUAGUUUGAAUUCUAUUCAACCAUUGAUCGCGUAUGAAGAAUUAUCUAAGAAUAAAACUAUUUCUAUGAUGUAUGAAUUAAAGCAAAUUGCAGAUGACACUAGUAAAAUAAUUGUAUCAAUACUCAUUACCAACAUAGAUCAAAAGCUUGUAAAAGAAAUAAGGUUCGAUAUUACGGACACGUCAACCUUGAAACUAAUGAAAGAUAACGGCGAUGGAUACGGAAUGAAACUGCCAUUCCAAUUACCUCCACAAUCCAGUAAAGAAACUCAAUUUACCAUAUUAAUAUCCGACGUAACGUUCGCUCAAAAAUUGAGGGGGACAUUGACGUAUAUGCUUGAAAAUGUGGAAGGAACGAUGCAAGAAAAACUUGACUUCACUAUAAAUUUAUCAUGUAGUAAAUUUAUGGUUGGACAUUUGUCUCAUAAAGAUAUAUUAACGGAGUUGCUUAAAAGCGGUCAACUAGUGUCUAGAAUUAAAAAAGAAAUUGUCCCAUCUCAGGAAUUUAAUGCAGUCUUAAACACUGUCUGUUGUAAAUGCAAUCUCACACUCGUGGAACAAAUAAACGAUACUGCAUCUUUAUAUGGUCAUUCGUUGAAAGGACAUCAUGUGUGCCUUUUAUUAAAAUAUAAUAAAUCGACAGGUAAUUUGUUGAUCGAAGGUAAAGGUGACAAUAACUCUCUCCUGUCAGGAAUUGCGGAAGAGAUAUCAAGGCUUCUGACAUAAGAGAAAGUGUACCUACGUUUUAAAAAAUCUAAUGAUUCCUAUCAUUCAUUACAGUCGUAUUCAACAAACCUUUACAUUCAGCGAAGAAAUAUUUUCCAGGAUCUGUUAUGUAUGAGAUAAUGAUUAUAGGAAACUCGCCUGCUAACUCAUUAAUCAUUACAUAUUUUUAGAUGGAGUUCUUAUCUAAGCACUGUAUAAUUUAGAUCAUAAAAUUUGUUAAAUAUACAUACAUAUAUAAGAGUUAUACAUAUGUAUACAUAUAUACAUGGAUAAAUACAUACAAUAUACAUGUAUAUGUGGGCUAUCAGGAUUCUAAAAAAAAGGAAAAAAAAAAAAAGAAAAUGAAAAAAAAAAAAGAAAAACAUUUAUUCUCAAAUUAAAAAGACAUCGAUACAAAAAGUAGGGAAUAAUUGAAAUAAAUUUAUAUUAUUUCGGAGUCGCCUACUUUUUGUGCUGCUGCCUCGUUUGAUAGUGUAAAUUUAUUUUAAAAAUUCAAAAAAGAAAAAGGAAAAAAAUUUGGUAUCUUGUAAAAACUAUAAGAUAUCAUCUCUAUCGUCUAUAUUGUCAUGUUGCAUCUCACUUAUGAGAAUGUGUAUAAAUAUAAUAAUAUUAUUUAGUGGCGAUAAUUAUACCUUUUCUGCAUGCGAUAUUACGUUUAUAAUAAUAUUAUAAUAUUAAUAUUUUCAUAUACAUCUAAAUCACAUCUUAAACAAUUUAUAUAAAAUGUAAGUGAAAAGAAAAAUAAUGUAUAUAGCUUGCCUGUAAUCUAUGCUUACAAAGAUUAUUUUAUUGGCCGGAAAUCUUUCUAAAUUUGAUUUAAUAUAAUAACGAAAUAUCUCUUAUUAAUCAUCCUUUAACAUAGAAUCAUAUUGCAUGAUACAAAAGAUUUAAUAACAUUUUAGUACUUUAUCCAAAGAAAGGUGAGAUCCUUCCAGAAUAAAAUUACCGCUGCACUCGCGUUUUCUCUUUGCAUUUACGUAUCGUAUGCUUAAUAACUGUGAUUUUAUUUUUCCGUGAUUUCAUUUAAAAUGAAAUCACGUCUCAUUGUGGACGUUGUAAAAAAAGUAACUAAAUCAUUAGAACAACAUCGAAAAAUAACAAAAAUUAAAUAUAAUUAUGUUUGUAACGUCUCCCCUUCCGAAAACUAAUUACAUGUGCAAUUAUUCAAUA